CCGCGACAAGUGCCGGCCGAUGCCCACUGGCUUUUGGCAUUAGAGUUUUUGCAGUGAUCGGCAGGCGUGCAUGCCGGGGUGUGCAGGGGCGGCUCUCCCCUCUGCUUCUUUUGCCUUUCCCCGACGCCGGUCUUUUUGUUUCGGUGACGAGUCGCAAAACCACUCCCACCACUGACCGAGACGACGACACUUGUCUGGUCGAGCCCACGAUUCUGACCAACAAAUAGCGACGACGACGACGACGACGACGAACACGACGAUCGAUAGUACUCUGGCGCAUAUGGCAAUGGCACGCGGCUCGGGAGUCUGCGCUUGCAAACCGACUGUGCACGAACCCACGACGACGACGAUUGAUGAUUGAACGACCAGACGACUGAGCGACUGAAAGGCCGAAAAACACGUUCCAUUCCCACGGGCUGGCCACCAGACCAAAGCGGGCGCGACAGACACAGGCAAUGACCGCCGCGCGCAACUGGCUCAGCAAAGCCACCACCUCGACCACGACCACCGCCCUCGCCGUCGCCCUCCUCGCGACCACGAUCCCCACGCCAGCACAGGGCGCAUACAUCCAGACCGUCCCCUGCCUGGGCCUCGCCUCCACCACCAGCAGCACCUCGCAACAGCAGCAGCAGCAGAUCCAGCAGCAGCUCGCAGACCCCGUCGGCCUGCGCAUCCGGCUCGAGCAUCUCAACGCCACCCACGACCGGCUGUUGCUCUCGGACUCGACCCGGUACACGCGCGACGGCUGCGACCACUGGGCCGCCAACUAUGGCGUGGGCAGCGUCGCGCUGGAGCUGAGCACGCUCGGCCGGGACGACAGCGUGGCCUACUUUGCCCUGGCCGAGUCCUGCUCUUCUGCCCCGAAACAGACGACGCCCGCGUUCCCCGGCGAUGAGCCCGUGGCCAAGCUGAGCCUGCAGGCCGACUACCCGCGCUUUGGCGAGCUGUCGACGUUCCAGCUGGCGCUGUACUUCCUCCUUGGCAACGAGAGCGCUGGGGAUGACGGUGCGGGAGGAGGAGGAGGAGGAGAUGGCCUGGUGGACGACCUUCACGGGCCGGACGAUGCCCGGAUCGUGGCGUGUCUGCGCUCGGCCGCGACGCCGCAGCCGAGCACCUGGCUCCUGGCCGUCCUACGGUACGUCCCGAUGAGCAUCCUCGCGCUCGUCCUGGUCGCGGCCGUGAUCCGCUCGCUGCCGUCGACCGCAGCAACCACAGCCGCCGCAGCAGCAUCCACAGCAGCAGCCAACGAUACUAACAACAGCAUCAACAUGGCGGACCAAGGAGCACCAGGCACGCGGCGGCGGGGGCCCAUCCUCCCCGGCGUGGGCGACUGCCUGCAGUACCUGCAGUUUGUCUUCCUCACGGCCUGCCUCUCCCUGCGGUACCCGGGCUUCUACCAGCCCGCGGUGAGCGAGCUGCGGUGGUACUCGCUCUUCGGGACCACGCUGUGGGUCGACCGCUUCGCCUACGACGGCUACGUCGACGGCGUGUACGAGCUCAACGGCACCUUUGGCGGGACCUACGGCGCCGAGCUCAUGACGCAGGUCGUCGGCGCGCCCCUGACCACGGGCACCUGGGUCAACAUGGUCAUCUGCGUCGGCAUCGCGGCGGGCGUCGUCGGCGUGCUGCUCUGGGCGCUGUGGGUGCUCGAGGCGCGCAAGGCGGUCCGGCUGGGCCUACCGCCCGCCCUUGGUCAUCGUGGUGGUAGUGGUGGUGGUGCUGGUGGUGGAAGCCUGCUCGUGCCGAGGCUGGUGCCCCUGGCCAGCAACGUCGCCAAGGUUAUCCUGUCGUACUUUAUGCUCCCCGUCGUCGCCCUCACCGUGUACCAGCUCGACUAUGCCAACAGCCUGCCCGUCACGCACUCGACGUUUGCCGUGGUGCUGCUGGUCGGGCUGGUCGGCGUCUUUGGCUGGCUUGUCUGGCGCAUCCCGACGCGCAGCCUGGGCGUGUUGCUGUUUGACAGCUCGAAUCGAUACCGCAGGCUCGAUGGCAACCACAACAACAGUGACUACGAUGAUUACGACGACGAUGACGACAACGACAACGACGCCAACAAUGGAGGCGAUGUUACCACGUCGGCCGCGGCGAGGACAGCAGCUGCAGGCAGGACCCGCGCAGACCAGAUCUUUGUCUACGCCCUGUUCCUCACGACUUUUAUCCGCGCCGCGCUCAUCGGCGGCGUCCAGAUCUCCGGCCUGACCCAGGUCGUCGCGCUCUUCUGCACCGAGUUCCUCUUCGCCGCGUACAUUGUCGCCAUGCAGGCGUACCCCCUGCUCUCGAUCGGCAGCUUCUCCGCGGGCGUGCGCGUGCUCAGCAUCGCGGCCAUGAUCGCCUUUGUCCCGGACAUGGUGUCGGAGAGCCCCCGCGAGGUCAUCGGGUAUGCGGUCCUGGGGAUGCAUGCCGUGUUCCUCGUGUGUGGGUUUGGCGGGAUGGGCGUGUGGCAUCUGGGCAGCGCGGUGGUCGGGAAGGCAAAGAGGGGGAAGGAAGGCGAGAUCUACGGCCUGCGAGAUCUCCAGCGCCGGCCAAACGCACGCAACGCCCUCGCCCUGCGCUCCGACCUGUCCCUUUCACCGGCACCACCACCACCACCGCACGACCAGCGCCAGCGCCGCGCCCUAGGUGGUGCCAACCUGGGCGGAGGCCGGUACAGCCCGCCGCACCCAGGUACCCGCCUCAAUCUGCCAUCCCUAUACGGCGACAGCACCGCCUCGCUGUCCUCCUUCUCCUCUCUCCCAUAUUACAGCCCCGUGUCUCCCAUUCGUGUGAAAGGUGGCGCCUCGCACAUCCCGUCGCUCACCACCGCCGCGCGAUCAGACAGCCCCAGCGACUCGCGCCGCCUGGACUCGAUGAGCAGGAGCAGCGAGCCACGUAGCUCGUCCAGCGGGAGCGUUACUGGCACGGGGACCGGGACUGGCAGUAGAAGUGGGAACAGGCUUAGCGGUGUCAUCAGCAGCGGCAGCAGCAGUGGCGGCACCGACAGUCACUACUUCCGCCCACCCCGGGCCUCGACGUACGCGACCUCGCUGGCCGGGUCCGCGGACGGCCGAGGGUCACGGAACAGCCUGGUGGUGGCGCGCAACUCGGGCUUGAUUCCGGCGUCGCCGUUGUCCCCUGGUGGUGGUGGUGGUGGUGGCCGAGUGCGCCUGAGCAUACGCGUGGUUUCCCCCACCCAUGAUGAUGAUAACGAUAACUUCCAGGGCCAAAACCGCCACCGUCACCGUCAGAGCGGCGGUGCUCACACCCCGACGAAUAGACGUAGCUUUACCAAGAGCCCCAUCAGCGCCGCUGACGACGUGGAUACCGGCGAGCCGGAUGGCCACAGCAAGCACGAUGACAAGGAGCUCAUCACGCCCUCCUCGCCCUCGGCCUCGGCUACCACCACCGCCACCUCGCCACUCGGCCCACGCUGGAACGACUACUCCUUCCGCGAAGCGGACCUGAUCUACGGCGGUCCGGAAGAAGGCGAGUUCGAGGCCGCGCGGGCGCAUUACGGGCUUCCACGGGCAGCAGAAGACGAAGUCGCAGGGCGGAGCUCGACCACCACGAUGGGCACGACUUCGACGUCCUCGUCGUCGGGAGGCAGCAAGCCGUCGUCCCGUACCGCUGCGGCGGCGGGAGGAAGUAAGCACGACGACGCGGAUGACGAUGACCGGGAUGAGGCCGGGAGAGGGAGCGGUAGAGUCUCGCGCUCCAGCCUGGGAGUCACCUCGGAAAUGUUCGGCGCCGAGGAGGAAGAGGAAGGGGGCGACUCUCCUCCCCGUCCUCCGGCCGGCAGGAGCAAGAAGAACAAGAAGGCCGCCGCCGCGAAGGAGGCGGCCAAGAACAUGGCGAGGGCGCGCAUAUCGCAGCUCCGCCAGUUCUCUUCUUCGAGCAAGCUAUCAGUUACAGGAAAAGACAGUGCCACGGCAGGCGCGUCGUCGGCAGGAGACCCCACAGCAGCAGCAGCAUCAGCAGCACCGGAGCAAGGAUUCUCUGUGCGCAGGCCACCUCGGCCCCCGGAGCAUGUCCUGCGGCAGAUGGCGGCGGCGGCGCGGGCGCAGCAGCACGCGCAGAUGCAACAGGGAGACCAGGAGGCCGUUGGGCAGCAAAGUCCCGGGGGUCAGCGCGCAGCAGGGGAGAAGGAUGUAGAUGGGGAUAAUGGUGGUGGCGCGACUGCUGCCGCUUCAGGAAGUGGGCAGGAUUGGAACGACCCGCAGAGAUAGUUGUGCAUAUGUUGUCUCGCGACACACUAAUAUUGACCUCAAUGGCACGCAGUUACCGUUGCUACUAGCGCGCUUGCGGUAGAUUUCUGUGGGAAAACGAAUGCUGGAUGUCGUG